CCAAACCCUUGCCUUUCAGCCUUGUCUGUCUCCACCAUUUCUCUUAGGGUAUUUACAUAGUAGACACAAAAAAACAGAUUUCAACAUCUACCUAGCUAUAUCUCAAACCAUCUUCCUUUACAUACCAAUUACAUCAACAUUUAAAUCCUUCACAACCCUUUUUUGCUUCUAAAACAUUGAAUCGAUUCUUCUUCUUUAUCUUCUUCUUCUUCAAGUUGGUCUUAAGCUUUGUGCUAAAGAGAGAAGAAAUUUAAGUGGAGAGAUGGGUAGGCCUCCUUGCUGUGACAAAAUCGGUGUGAAGAAGGGACCAUGGACUCCCGAAGAAGAUAUCAUAUUGGUCUCUUAUAUUCAAGAACAUGGUCCAGGAAACUGGAGAUCUGUUCCUACUAAUACUGGUUUGCUUAGAUGCAGCAAGAGUUGCAGGCUCCGAUGGACCAACUAUCUCCGGCCAGGUAUCAAACGUGGUAACUUCACUGAACAAGAAGAGAAGAUGAUCAUCCAUCUCCAAGCUCUUUUAGGCAAUAGAUGGGCCGCCAUAGCUUCCUAUCUUCCUCAGAGAACAGAUAAUGACAUAAAGAAUUACUGGAACACCCAUUUGAAAAAGAAGCUGAAAAAGGUUGAAACAGGCGUUGAUGGCCAAAAUCAAGAGGGGUUUUCUUCUGCACAAUCAGUGUCCAAAGGGCAGUGGGAGAGGAGGCUUCAAACGGAUAUCAGGAUGGCUAAACAGGCCCUUUCUGAUGCUUUAUCCCUUGAUAAACCAAACUCUUUGACAAAUUCCAUUGAGUUCAAGCUCUCUCACCCUUACUUAAGACCAUCUCAAUCUCAAUCAUCUACUGCUUAUGCAUCAAGUGCUGAGAACAUAUCACGGUUGCUCCAGAACUGGAUGAAGAAUCCACCCAAACCCGCACCUGCGCCUCGUCAAACAAAAUCAGCCGAAACAAUGACUCAGAACUCCAGUUGUAGUGAUGAAGGAGCGUUGAGUGAAGCCACACCCGAGGGUUUUGAUUCCUUUUUUAGCUUCAACUCCUCUAAUUCAGACAAUAUUUCUCAUGAAUCUGUGUCGGUGGCCGAGAACAGUGUGUUCCAAGAUGAAAGCAAGCCCAACUUGGGGGAUCAAGUCCCUCUCAGAUUGAUAGAGAAAUGGCUCUUGGAUGAUGCUUCAGCUCAGGCUCAUGAUGAUGACCUAAUUAGCAUGUCUUUACAAGAUAGUGCUCUUUUGUUUUGAAAAACUAAACUAAUAUAACGCAUCAAAGUUUUAAUUAGGGUUUCUUUUUGGUGUGUGUGUGUAGGUUUUUUUAGGCCUUUCUUUCUAUAGUUUAUUAGCAGGAAGAUAACAGCCCUAUCUGGGAAGAAGCAAGAAACAAGAAGUGUAAAUUACAGCUAUAAUAUUAUUAUGCUAUAUAUAUGUACUGGAUCAUAAUAAAUUAGAAAUCCCUAUAUACAAAUUAACUUGGAAUUUCAUUUUGUAA